AUGGCCCCGUGGCUUUCGACUUCUUCUGCAACUGCCAUCACGCUGGUAGGCAUCACUUUCCUUGCUCAGUCCAUCACAGCGACUGUGCCAGGUGCUACAGCAUACACUGCUUCUGGUGCUUUCCCCACGUCUCUCUAUGAAUCCUAUUACAACGACCCGACCGCGACAUCGGUGGAGCCACAGCCAGUGAUCUCGGACCCUGUCACGCAUGAGACAUAUCCAUAUUGGUUGACGAACCCGGAAACCGUGCCAGGAAAUGACACUUGGGAAGCCCACCCACUGCCAGCGCCCGCGCCUCUUGACCAGCUCGUCGACAUCGCGUAUGAUCAAAUUCUAUCCAUAGUCAAGAAUCCUGCGUUUGGCAACGACACAUGCACUCGUUGCUUAGCUGCCCUCGAAAUCGCCAAGUUCAUCGCGCUCACAGUCCCAGAACGAGGCUCGGUUCUAGCAGUGCGCGUGUGCGAAUACUUCAACUUCGCCAGCGGCGGCGAUUGCGGCGGAUACUAUGGUCAGUAUAGCCUGGGUCCUGAUCUCAUGCAAACUCUCGCCUUGGCAGACGUUGGCGGUUAUGAUGGGCUGGCGGCGUGCGCGUACCUCACUGGGACUUGUCCUUAUCCAGCAGCUAGCCCUCUGAACUUGACGAAUUGGUUCGCAAAGCCAAAGCCCAACCCUUUGCCGCCUCCUAAGCAAGCGACUGGAGAAAGGAUGAAAGUGCUGCACUUGUCUGAUUUACAUAUCGACCCGAGGUACAUGAUCGGGGCGGAGGCGAACUGCACGUACGGUUAUUGCUGUCGGGCAAACAGUGUUCUCGACUCGAACUGGACCAGCCGUUCUGCUCCUCGAUAUGGAUCUUUCCUAUGUGACUCGCCCUACCCGCUCGUCACGGCUACAUUCCAGGCGAUUCCCGUCCUAGCAGGCAUAGAGGACUCUUCGUUCAAUUUCUCGAUAUACACGGGUGAUCUCAUCUCACACGACCUCCUUAAUGAAUUAUCGAGGGAGUAUACAGUAUAUACCGAGACCGUUCUCUAUGAUUUGAUGAAGCGUAUGAUCAACACGGGACCCGUCUAUGCAGUACCGGGCAACCACGACACUUAUCAGUCAGGUCAGAACUCCCCGUAUAACAUCGGAAAUGGCCAUGCAGACCAGUUCGACUGGGACUACGAACAUCUUGCCGCUCUGUGGGAGCUCGAGGGAUGGAUCUCCCCCGAGGCUGCGCAGCAAGCGCGGAAGAACUACGCGGCGUAUUCCGUGCAACGCCAAGACGGGCUGAGAAUUGUCACGCUCAACACUGAUUUUUGUAUGUUACCGAACGUCUUCAAUUAUUUCAAUCUCUCGUCGUCGGACAACUCUGGCAUGCUGCGUUGGCUGACCGACGAGUUGCAAGACGCCGAAGACGCCGAAGAACGAGUCUGGAUCCUGGGACAUGUCCCUAGCGGUUGGGACGACACCGAUCCAAUUGCAAACCCUACAAACUUAUGUACCGUCGAUCGAUACUCCCCACAUGUCAUCGCCGGCAUCUUCUUCGGACAUACCCACAUGGACAUGUUGACGGUGUAUUACACCAAUAAUGGGACCGUCAUGAGCGCCGAAACCGCUCAGACUGUCGCAUGGAUUGGCCCAUCGGUCGUCCCAGUCACGAACUACAAUGUCGGUUUCCGGGUUUAUGAAGUCGACUCCGGGACAUUUGAAGUCCUUGAUUCGUAUACCUAUUUUUCCGAUGUCAACACCUUCCCCGACCUGGAUGGACAGACCGAAUUCGGCCCCGCAUUCGAAUUGGAGUACAGUGCCCGCGACGCAUAUGGUGCAACGAUAGAAUGGGGUGUCAACGACCCUUUGAACGCUACAUGGUGGCAUUUAGUGACAGAAGCAAUGGAGGCGAACUCGACUCUCGUUCAGAUGUUCAGCAACUACCAGUACAAGAGUUCCAUUCGCUACCCUCUGUGCACUGGGAAAUGCAUUCCCAACAAGAUCUGCUCCAUACGGAGCGGCAGCGCCAGUCUGUAUCUCCAGAACUGUGUAUAA